AAUAGAAGCGCUGUGUCUUUAAGAGGCACUCCUCCCUCCCAACUCCGCUCCUUCGCUGUCCGUCAAAGCCUUUCUGUGUAUUAGCGGCUCUCGACUCGCUUCAGCACCAGCAGCCAUGGCCGACAUCAAAACGGGCAUCUUCGCUAAAAAUGUGCAGAAGAGGAUCAGCAGGGCGCAGGAGAAGGUUCUUCAAAAGUUGGGAAAAGCUGAUGAAACAAAAGACGAACAGUUUGAACAAUUUGUCCAGAAUUUCAAAAGACAGGAGACAGAAGGCACAAGACUACAAAAGGAAAUGAGGGGAUAUUUAACUGCUGUUAAAGGAAUGCAGGAAGCAUCCAUGAAGUUGACUGAGUCUCUUCAUGAAGUCUAUGAGCCUGAAUGGCAUGGGAAGGAUGAUGUCCUGACUAUUGGAAAGAACUGUGAUGCCCUUUGGGAAGACUUUCAUCAAAAGCUGGUGGAUGGAGCCCUCAUAACUCUGGAUACCUAUCUAGGACAGUUUCCUGAUAUAAAGACUCGCAUUGCAAAAAGAAGUAGGAAGUUGGUCGAUUAUGACAGCGCUAGACAUCAUUUAGAAUCAUUACAGAAUGCGAAAAGAAGAGACGAUAACAAGGUCACCAAGGCAGAAGAAGAAUUCAACAAAGCACAGAAAGUUUUUGAAGAAUUAAACAUAGAUCUGCAACAAGAGCUGCCAUCUUUGUGGGACAGCCGGGUUGGUUUCUAUGUGAACACAUUCAAAAAUGUCACAAACCUUGAAUCCAAGUUUCACCGGGAAAUUGCAGUGCUGUGCCACAAACUAUAUGAGGUGAUGACCAAGUUAGGAGAGCAGCAUGCUGACAAGGCCUUUACCAUCCAAGGAGCACCAAGUGAUACAGGUCCACUUAGGCUUGCCAAGACCCCAUCACCUCCAGAGGAAGAUUCACCACCUUGCAGUCCUGAAGCCAGCCCCAAUCACCGGCUGGCACCAUCUUCUCCAGCUCCUGGACGUCCAAAAUCUCCAUCACAGUUACGAAAGGGUCCUCCUGUUCCACCUCCACCAAAGCUCACCCCAACAAAAGAACUCCAUCAGGAACAGAUAAUAAACUUUUUUGAUGACAACUUUGUUCCGGAAAUCAAUGUCACCACACCUUUACAGAAUGAAGGACCUACAGCAAUGAAAGGAGAAUCUUUAUUAGAUCUAGACUUUGACCCUUUUAAACCAGACUCCACAACACCAAUAGGGAAAUCUCAAUCUCCCAUCUCUCAGACUUUGCCUUGGGAUUUAUGGACGGCAAGUGCUGAAGCAUCACAGCCUCCCGACUCUUCAAAAAGUCUAUCACUCUGUAACCUGGCUGUGGACGACAAUACAAAAGGUCACAAUGCAGAAGACAUUACACGGUUACAUUCUGACCAGGGUUCAAGCAGUGGCUUUGCAACAGACUGGGGCUUAGACUUUAGCACUUCUAGUGUCAGUCAGGAGAUUUCAGCAAAUGGAGACACUGAGCAGCCACGUUGCCAACAAGACACUACAGAGGAAGUUAACCAGUUGUGUUCUGAUCUUCAGGAACCAGUAGAGGGGCAGGAGUGGCCCCAAGAUGAGAACUGGCAGGAAGCACCUCAGGAGGAGCAGGCAGAUACUGCAGUGACAGAGGUAUCCAACAAUGCUUUUAAUGGAUUUUCUCAGCUGGAUGGUGGAUCGUCUGUACCUACCACAUCUGAAGUGAACCAGGAUGGUUUUGAUACAAUGCCUAAUACAGAAGUUCCUCCAGCUGUGGAAUCACAGUCUCCAGAAGAUGUUACUGAACCAGAACAAGAGGUCACAUCUGCUGAACCAGCAGAAAAUGCAGUGGAGAAUGUAGAGCCAGACAUGCAGGAACCUGUAGUAAAUUCUGAGGGAGAAAUCAUAGAGGAACCAAGAAUGGAUGUAGAAAGUGAAAUUGACACUUCAAAAAUGGAUUCAGCAGAGGAUGCAGAAACUGAGCCCUCAGCAUCUCAGGCUGUGAGCGUAGUACAAGAUCUAGAAGAAGAAAAUAAUAAAGAUGUCACUGAAGACUCUGAAGUUGAGCAGGUAAAACAGACAAUACCAGAAGUAAUCAUUGAACCUGCUUCAAAUAAUGAAGAGGAAGAUGAAGAGUUAGAUGCUUUCAAUGAAUCAGAGACAGUGACACAUGAAAGAAGUGAUAAUGGAUCACCACCAGCAUCUACACAAAAUGAGCCAGAACUCACAGAAGAGAAACUUCAACCAGAGGUAGAGUCUGGCCAGCCAGAUGUGGAAGUAAAGCCAGAAACCACUUCAGAGCAGAGCUUUCCAAAAGGAUACAAGUACAAGGUUAUUGUGCUGCAUGAUUUUCAGGCUGCGAAUUCAGAUGAACUUGAGCUGAAGAAGGAUGACAUUGUCUUAGUUAUUCCCUGUGAAAGAGCUGAAGAUCAGGAUGCUGGCUGGCUUCAGGGAAUUAAAGAAAAAGACUGGUGGCAGUUUGGUGAUAUGACAUAUAAAGGAUUAUUUCCUGAAAACUUCACUCAGCGCAUAGAAUAGAAGACGGCAUCUAACUAUGACAGCAAGCUUAAACCAGCCAAGCAGGACUUCCGUGGCAGGAUACCGUCAACUUGUGGUUCUGCGCACCCCGGUGAUUCCUUUACCAAACGGCUGAAGUGGAUGACUUUUAAGCAAACGUAUAAUGUGAAACCUGGAGCAUGAAGCAAGAAUAAGGCAUAAUUUUUUCUGAAGCCAAUAAAUAAAUCUGUUCUUCUUUGUUUAAGCAGCAAUGAAUUUAUCUGUGCUUUGUUGGCGCUUUGGUGGUCCCAUAUGUAAUCCUUUCCUCUGAAAAUCAGAAAAGAAAAUAAUGAAUUCCUCCUAAACAAUGACCUUAUCUUUUCUGCACUAUGUGUGUUGUAUUCAUUUGAAGCUCUUCAGCAGAUUUAAUUCGUAAAAUGUACUCACAUACGAAUUGGUACCGUUAAAAGUGUACAAUGGUUGCUGCCGACGUUUUUCAAUGUUUACUUUUUGGUAUAAAUGUUAUCUUGCAUCAUCGGUUUUGUUCUAUGUAGUUACAUUUGCCAGGUGUGUGGUUAUGAUGUUGUUUGGCAUUUUGAUGUUCAUAUUCUCCUUAAAUAAAACUUG